AUGCCAGCUGCAGAUCGAGACGGCACUGAAGUGCAGCAGGCAUCGCAGCCACAGCGCUGGCGCUCUCGCAUGAAUGCGCAUUCGUCCAUCUCGAGCAACCAAACCACAGAAGAUGGACAAGGCGACAACGGUGUUCAGAGCCAGCGGCAGAGCAUCAGCGCGCCAAACACAGGUAAUGCGAAUGCACAUCGGCAGAUCAUCGGCAACUACGAACUGGGCCGCGUCCUCGCUACCGGUGACUUUGACUGCCGCACCCGCAUCUGCACGCAUGUGACGACCGGGGUGCCCUACGUGGUCCGGAUCUACGACAAACACGUGCUGGCCGAAGCGCAGUGGAUGUGGGACCGCGUUGCGGAGUCGAUCCACGUGCAGCGCAAACUGCCGCACAACAGGCACAUUCUAGAGAUGGUGGAGUGCUUCGAGUCGAACACGUCCGUGUACAUUCUCAUGCAUCUUUUCCCGUCUAUGAAUCUGACGAAGCUGUUUACUGAUAUGGCUGCGCAGGCGGAGCUGAUGAACCACCUGCACUUUUUGUCUCGCGCCGCUGUCCGAGCAUCUGUCGCGGAGAGGGAAAGCCACUUCACAAGCGGGCCGGAGAAGUCAAAAGACCAGGAAGGCGAUGAGAGGCGAGGCAGCAGCAGUGGAGCGGUAAACGCCAACAGCUUCAACGAGAACAGCAGCUUUACAUCGGUCACAAUGGCGGAGCGUGCUUCCCUUCGUCAGCUGCAAGACGGCCGACCGGGCAUUGGCGGCGUUUUUGAUAUGCCCGAGCCGGAGCGCAACCAACGCACUCCCCCCACGAGCCCCGGCGACGAGAAGCGUGGCAGCGUCUCCGUUUUUCCCGACACCCUCAAGUCCGCCUCCGUCACCACGGCUGCGGCGAUCCAUGCGCUCGAAGGUCCGAUUCCGCCACACGUCCCCCUCCCUCUCAUCCGUGUCCUCUUCGAGCAGGUGGUGAAGGGCGUCUUCUUUCUCCACCAGCACGGCGUGGCCCACACCGGCAUCGCGCCUGACCACCUCCUCGUCAGCCCUGAGGGUCUGGUGCGAAUUGGCAACAUGGUCUCCUCCUGCUUCUGCGCCCCAGGUGAUCGGCUACACGCACUCCGCGGCACGAUGCACACCGUGGCCCCGGAGGUACUGCGUUCUGAGGCCUACGACCCGUUCAUGGCCGAUGCCUGGGCACUGGGCGUGGUGUUUUACUUUAUGCUGAACCGCGGCCGCUACCCCCACGACGGCGCCAACACGCUACGCCACAUCCUUCACGGACACACGCGGCAGCCCCGCCCCGGUCUGCCCGCCGUUGCGCUCGACUUGCUCUCGCGGUUGAUGCAGGUGAAGCCGGAGGACCGGCUGCCGGUUGACGCCAUCUUGGCGCACCCUUUCUUCACCGCAACGCUGCCCACGGUGGCGGAGGAGGUGCUGGCGGAUGCCGCAGACGCGCAGGCGCGCAGCGGACACCGCAGUGUGUACACUGGCUAUAACGCCUCCCUGCAGGGCAUCACCGACAGCCGCGUCAAUAAGACGCCAGUGAAUGACCCACUGACCAGCAGCCACAGCGGCAGCUUCAGUAACAAUAGGGUCUGUGCCGGUCGUGAUGGUAGUGGUGGUGCGCGACGCUGGGGGCGUGAGGCGGGUGCUAACGAGGAGUCAGACACGCUCGCCGGGUCGUGGAGCACACCCCAUCAGCACCCCAGCUCCACUCCCUUCUCCACAAACAUCGAAAGCAACAGUGUGGUCGUUGCAAGUGGACUGAGCUCCACCUUUGACAACCCGGAAGGCACUACCGCGUUACCCGGUGCGGGUGAGCAGCUCGGCACAACGCGCAGCAGCAGCAGUGCUGGUGGUGGUCGGGGCGGUGGCGUCGACACGCUGGACAACGGCAGCUUUUUCAUUCCGCAGCGCCACACGACGUCUCCUGACGGACGGCCGCCGCGUCUUCCCGCGCCGCUCCCCACUCCGCCGACACCGAGAAAUCCAAGUAAUACCGCGAAGUCACGGCCCGUGUGGCGCCCUGAACUCGCGACCUCGAUGGACGACCUCGAAGACCUCGCUGCCCGUUUGAUUCAGCACCACUUCCGCGCCGCCCUUUACCGUCGUCUGUACAGAGCAGAGACGCGAGCGCUGAUGCAGCGGGGGCAGAGCAUGUACCUCAGCAGCGCGAGCAGCAGCAGUCGCGACGGGCUGUCCGCGUCACCGCAAACGGCACGGACUGCGGCUGUGGCGGCGGAUGCAACACCAACGCGCUCUCUUUUGCAUUCCCGUCGAAUGUCCUCCUCCUCUCUCCACGCAUCGGUGUUGGGUGAUGGCACGUCCGUAUCGCCGACGAAGCCGCAGCGCCCCUUUCACGGCCGCGUCUCUACGACUCGAAGUCCGCCCACCAACAUGACUCCGUCCAACCUGACCCCGUCGGCGCGGAAGCGAAAGACUUCGUUUCUGAAGAGUGAUGAAAAUACCCUCCCGGCUGCAACUGCGGCGUCUGCGCCGUCUUUUCAUUCGCCGCAAGGGCGUCGGCCCUCGGCGGUGGCAUUCAGCGCUGCUGCCGAUGCUGGGGCUAUGAGCUCCUCACGCGGCCGCUUUGACUCGAGCAGCGUUACGAUCGAUACCCGUUCCGGCCUCCAGAGCGGCAACGCGACGGAGGAAGACGACGAAAGAAUCAGGACAGGAGGCUCCGACGAGGAAACCAGUGAGCGACACGACCGCUUUUUAGACGAAGACGCCUUCAGACGCACCACAGCUGUGGGCCGCUGCAGCGUCAGGCUCGGGGAGGAGGCUGGUGCAAGGACGGACGGGGAGGACCUACUCCGCAGGGAUUCGUCGACGCUGCCUUCGCUGGCCGCCACGGCUUGUGGCACGGGUUUGGCCAAUGAGGCACCAUUCCCGCUACAGCCGCCGCCGCUUCAGUUUCCCUCACGAGGCAGCGGCGGCUGCAGCAGCAACCGCAUGCUGAAUAGCAUGGCGAACGCGUCCUUGCUGUCGCAGCAGGGCCGUCGUCGAUCGAGUAUCACGGCCGUCAUCUCCUCCGUCGCCUCGCACCGCACCUCUUUUGAUCCUCAGCGUAAUGCCGGCUGCGCGGUCUCGGACGGCGAGGUCUGCCCCUUGUGCCACCGCGAGCCGUACGCCGUCCGCUCCAUCGCGAUUCGGCCCUACGCAUCUACGCCAUAUCAGUUCACUAGUGGUGAGUUUACGAAGCUGCUCGAGUGA